AUGUCGUUGAAGAGCAGAGGCUCAAAAAAGUCUUGGGGUGAUGCGAGGCGGCGGUCCCUGGGCUGCCAAGCUUUCAACCGCCCGCAAGCCGAGACCUUCUUUUUUUUGCCAGCUGUUGCAGCUUUUGCUGGUUACUGCGCCAUGCUGUCAACAACUUCACUUCAUCCCUCCCCCGCCAUUGGAUUGUCCUGCAUCACCGCCUUUUCUGGGCUCAUUGGAUCUCCCGAGGGCACGUACUCGGGAGAAAUGACGAUGGACCUCCCGAGUCCCGUCUUCUUCCCGUCGGUUCCGCGAAGGAUCACCACCCCCUUCCCCAGUGGUCGAUGCACCCUUGACGUGUUCACGAGCCCAUUCCUGUCAUGGUUUCAGACUUUGCAGGUUGCUGAGUGA